UCCUUUUUGUUGCUGUGUUCAGGAGUUAAGUGAAGAAACGACAUGAGUACGUGGGCACUGGUGGCAUUUGCCUUCUGGGCACUGUUCCUGCGCUACCUGCCGCAGAUUCUCAAUUUUCUGAGGCUGCAGCGAUUCGCCAAAACCCUGCCAGGCCCAAGUGUGGGCGAGCUGAUGGCCAAUUUGAAGAAGGGAGAGAUCCUGAACUGGCUGAAGGAGCUGCGAGAGCGCCAUGGGCCUGUAUUUCGCAUAUGGCUCGGCAAGGAUCUCAUGGUGAUGUUCAGCCACCCCGAGGAUGUCCGACAGCUGCUGGGCAACAACGCGCUGCUCUACAAGUCGCGCAACUACAGACUCCUCGAGCCCUGGCUGGGCAAGGGGCUGCUCACGAAUGGCGGCGAGUCGUGGCACCGUCGCCGUAAGCUCCUCACGCCCGGAUUCCACUUUCGCAUUCUCAGCGAGUUCAAGGAGCCGAUGGAGGAGAACUGCCGCAUACUGGUGAGCCGCCUAAAGGAGCGUGCCAAUGGCGAGCCCUUCGACAUUUAUCCCUACAUCACGCUCUUCGCCCUGGAUGCCAUCUGCGAGACGGCCAUGGGCAUCAGGAAGCAUGCCCAGCUGCAGAGUGACUCCGAGUACGUGAAGGCUGUCCAGACCAUCUGCCGGGUGAUGCACAAGCAGAGCUUUUCCUUCUGGCAGCGCCUCAACAUAUUCUUCAAGUACACCGAGAUGGGGAAGGAGCGGGAUGGCGCCCUGCGGGUGCUGCAUGACGAGACCAAUCGUGUGAUUCGACUGCGGCGGGAGCAGCUGCUGAAGGAGCGAGAGCUGCAGGAGAACAAGGACAAGGACAAGGAUGAGGAGAACGAUGUGGGCGGCAAGAGGCGCCUGGCGUUCCUCGACAUGCUGCUGCUCACCCAGCUGGAGGGCGGCGCCGAGCUGAGCGAUGUCGACAUACGUGAGGAGGUGGACACUUUCAUGUUCGAGGGCCACGACACCACCAGCUCGGCCAUUGCCUUCGCUUUGAGUCUGCUGUCCAAGCACGCGGAGGUGCAGCAGCGUGCCUACGAGGAGGCACGCGAUCUCGAGGGUCGCGAAAAGGAGUCCAUGCCCUACCUGGAGGCGAUCAUCAAGGAAACCCUCAGACUGUAUCCCUCCGUGCCGUUCUUCUCGCGCCAGGUGCUCGAGGACAUGCAGGUGGGCAAGCACACCGUGCCCAAGGGGGCCUCGAUCAAUUGUCUGAUCUACAUGCUGCAUCGCGAUCCUGUCAACUUUCCGGAUCCGGAGCGCUUUGAUCCCGAUCGCUUCUACCUGAACGAGAAGCAGAUGCACCCCUUUGCCUUUGCCGCCUUCAGUGCGGGUCCCCGUAACUGCAUAGGUCAAAAGUUCGCCAUGCUGGAGCUCAAGUGCAGCCUGUCCAGCCUCCUGCGCAGCUAUCAGUUUAUGCCCGACCAGGAUCACCAGCCCAUCCCACUGGCCGAGCUGGUAAUGAAGAGUGGCAACGGGGUCAGGCUGAGCAUAAAGCCACGGCGGCUCAACUGAAACUCAGUUCGGAUUAUCGCUCAACCGCUCAAUCGCACAAUCUUCAGCCCGUGCGUGUAGUCUAAAAUAAAUCUAAAAUAUUUAGUCUAAAAA